AUGGCAUCCACGGAAGAGCCUAUCCCCACUUCCUCCGAGGUUGAGGUUGAAGUCGAUGCCGAGGUCGCGCCUCCGGCCACCCCGGUCGACUCAACCCUUCUGUCGGGGCGUCCGGUCUCGAGCUCGACUGCCUCUAAACGUCCCACCUCGUCCUCCACCACUGCAUCGUCGAGACCUACAACUUCGGCCACACGUGGCACCACGAGCAGCACACUAAACAAACCUCCCACUCGUCCUUCAACCACUACAUCCGCAACACGCAAGCCUUUGAGCACUUCGACGACCUCUUCCCAUCGGUCUCGCGCCUCGGUUAGUAGCUCCGCCGACGAGAAGCGUUCAGUCGCCAGCUCCGGAGAUGAGAAGAGAGGCAUCUCGAGCACUGCAAAGCGUAUGUCGAUGGCUGGUACGGCAUCCACGCGUACUCCCUUGAAGACUUCUUCAACUCUCGACCGCAGAUCGAGCGUUGCUGGCUCAGUUCUGGACAGAAAACCCGCAAGCUCUACCACGCGGACCGGCACCUCGACCUCGGCCUCGACCAGCAAGCCCGUUGGAAAGCUCACAUCCGCGACUUCCACCACCCGCACAACCCCUUCAUCCACAACUGCCACUCGGACUACCACGCGACCUACCCCCACCGCCUCUACCGCGCGAUCUGUCGCAUCCUCGGCCACAGACCCGAAGAAGCGUAUCAGCACAAUUGGCACUUCAACUGCUAGAAGUGCUGGUACCGAUGAGAAGCUCCAAGCUCUCCAGACAAAGCUGUCUGAGAGCGAAGAGACUGUCAACAAGCUCAAGGCCGAGCUUGAGACCGUGAAUGAGAAGUUGGGCCAGCUGUCAAUCUCGGAUGAACAGGCUGCUGAUAACAGUACCGACGCUGAGGCGAUCCGGGCUGAGCACACCGCAGAGCUUGAAAAGCUCGCUUCGUCGCACGCUGAAGAACUUCAGGCCCUUCAAACCCGACUCGAGGAUGCGGAAAGCCAGCGCAAGGAAUUGGAAGAGCGGUCCCAGCAGCAGCUUGAGGAAGCCAAGCAGUCUGCCGCUGCUUCUGGUGACGACAAAACUGCCGCUGCGCUAGAAGAAUUGAAGGAAACUCACAAGGCCCAGCUUGAAACUCUCGAGAAGGAGCUCGCUGACCACAAGGCUGCCGCUUCUACCUUUGAAGAGCAGAUUGACGCUUUGAGGGCUGAAAUUGAUUCCGAAAGGGCACUGCGUGAAGAAGAGAAGGUUCAGUCCCGCCUUAAUGUUGAGCGUGAGCUGAAGGGAUCCAGCCAGGUCAUUGAGAAUCUUGAAACGGAGCUCCAAAAAUUGUCUGCCUCCAACAAAGAAACUGCGGCUGCAAAGGAAGCCGUCGACGCGUCUGUUGCUCAGAUGCAAGAGCAAAUAUCUUCUCUAGAAGUGAAGCUCGCUGAGGCCGAAUCCUCUACCCAGGAGAGCUCAGAGCAGACUACUAGUUCCCUUGCUGAGAAGGACCAGCAAAUUGCUAAAAUGAAACAGGUUCUUGAAAAGGCACAGGCUGAGCUUGAGGAAGCAGGCGAAGCCGCUGCGAAGGUUGAGGAGCUAGAGUCUACCCAUCAGGCCAUGGUUGCCAGCCUGAAGUCUGAGCACGAAACUGCUUUGAGCUCCCUCUCAGCAUCGCAUGCGGAGGAACUCACCGUCGCUAAGGCCGCGGCUGAGUCGACUGGCACCGAGCACUCGCAACAGCUCGAGGAGCUGCGUGCUUCUCUAGAUGCUGCCAAGGCGGCUAGUCAGGGAGACCACGAUCUUGCUAUCUCUGAGCUCAAGACCGCGCAUGAGACAGAAAUCAAUGCCCUUCGGGUGAAACUCGCCGCGUCUGAAACGGCUCUUGCUGAUUCUCGUCGGGCUCUUGACGAGGGUAACGUUCAUGCCCAGGAGGAUGCUGUUCACGAGAUCGAGACCCUUCGCCAGAAGGUUGAAUCUCUUGAAACACAGCUAUCCACUGGAACUGGUGAGAUCAGAGCCCUGCAACAGGAGGUGCAGAGCAAGCAAACUGAGGCCGAGGAGCUCUACCACAGCUUGAAGAACCUCGAGGGCGAGGCAAAGUCCAACGAUGUUCAGAAAGAAACCAAGCUUAAGGAGCAGGAUGAAAAGCUGAAGGCUUUGGAAGAUAAGGCUUCCGAUGCAACUGCCCAACUUGCCGCUGCCAUAGAGAAGCAUGCUCAGGAACUGCAGGCUGUGAAGAGCGAGCAUGCCGCUGAGCUGGAGCGGGCCAACCAGGAAGCUUCGGGGUCCCGCGAGGGUGCUUUGAGCGAACUUCAGCAGAAGCACGACGACCUGUUUGCUAAGAACCAGGAUCUGGAAUCUAGCCAUGCUACUCGCGUCGAGUCCCUUGAGGCUGAAUUGAAGUCAACUCUGGAGCGCCACGCUGGAGAAAUCGCGACUCAUACUGAGGCUCGGGAGAGCGAUCAGAAGCUUCUGCAACAGGCCCAGGAGGCACAUGCUAAUCUGCAGGCCGAGUUUGAGGCCCUACAAGCUGCCGGCCAGACUGACAAGGAGACGCACGCUAAGGAGAUUUCUGAGCUCCAAAAGGGAUUUGAGGAAACCAAGGUGAAGUUUCAGGCCGAGCUUGAGUCCUCUCAGGUCUCCAAGGCUGCUGAUGCCGAUGCCGAGCACGGAAAGGCGAUUGAGGAACUUCUCACUCUCCAGGAGACUAAAGUUGCCGGUCUGAGAGAGCAACUUGAGGCAUCAAACAAGGCCAACAUUGAGGAACUCCAGAAGUCACACGAUGCCGCCCUGACAGCAGCCAACGAGCAGCUUUCUCAGGCCAAGUCCGCCGCGGCGGAUACCUCUGCCCUCGAUACCUUGAAGGCGACCAUCGCGGAGCUUGAGCAGAAGCUGGUGGAUUCCGAGAAGGCCCACUUGGCAGUCCAGGCAUCGGCGACUACUGCUUCUCGCGAUCUUGAGAACAAGCACGCUACCGAGCUUUCUAAAAUCCAGACCGAACAUGCAGCACUUGCUGAGAAGCAUCAGGUGGCCACCUCUCAAGUUGAGGAACUACAGAAGUCCGUUGCCGCAUCCAGCAGCAACAAGUCUGAGCUGGAAUCCAUCAUGGCUCAGCUCUCCCAGUCCCAGGCGGAAAUUGAUUCGCUCAAGACUAAGCACACCGCCACAAGCCAGGAACUCGAGGAAGUCCGCGUUCAGAACAAGACCAUGGAGGAGAAACUUGCUUCUGGCGAGCGCGACUUGAACGACCAAAUUGACAAGAACAUGUCUCUUCUCAACCAACUCGGUGACAUUGAGAGUCAUAUCUCCAGUAGUCGUCGACGUGUCCGUGAGCUCGAGGCCGAGCUCGCCGCUCUGAAGACUGACAAAGACAACGACAAGAGCACUUCAUCCGGCCUGAAUGCUAGCCGAUGGGCAUCGGCAGAGGAGGGUAGCGAGAACGCUGAGGAGGGGGGUCCAGCCGCAACGGAAGGUGAGGACCUUGGCCCAUCCAUCGAGGGAACGAUGGCAAGCAUUCAGGAACAGCUUAAGCAUAUCCGAUACGCGAAUGACGAGUGGUACGAUGAGCAUCGCAAACUCAUCGGAGAAUUGGCCCAGCUCUCCCGCCGAGCUACCCCCGACACCCGCAGUCUCUCGUCAACCCCCCACCCAGAAACGGCAGUUUCAGUUCAAGAAUCAGAAAGCAGCCGCAGUCGUUCCGAUACUCCUGCUGCUCGGUAG